UUUCUUAUAUUGUGCUAUUCACAACCUCGACCUUCGACUUUAAUCUUUACUACUGAUGUCAUCACAGUAAAAGUGAGAUACAGCAUAAUAAUGGCAUGACUAUGCACAUUUAUAGUUUUAAUAUCAUUAGAAAAAUCAAUAGAGGAAUUACUUAAUUUUUUAACGUGAGGAUACAUAUUUAUUUCGUUAUCUCAUUAGUUUGAAGCGCGUGACAACUAGGAAAGACAUACGAAAUUCAAGGAUAUUGAUAAUGUCGAGAACGAAACUUGCGUUCGCCAUGUGGGAGAAAAUGAAAAAUACUAAAAAUUUCAGUCAAUGUAUGAAAAAUGUACAAUUACUUUCGGCUGCUGAUGGAAAAUGCAAAGCACAAUUUACUGUGGCUGAAGAGCAUUUAAAUCUUUUUGGUACUUUACAUGGUGGUUUCACUAGUACCGCCAUAGAUGUUAUAUCAUGGUGUGCUCUAGUGACUUAUGAAAGAGAACCUAAAUCUCCUGGAGCUGCGCACGUUUCUGUAGAUCUACAUAUAACGUUUUUGAAGGCUGCAUUUCCUGGUGAAGUAGUGACAAUCGAUGCUGAGACUAUACGUAGUGGUAAGACCUUAGCAUUUCUUGAAGUGGAACUUACAAAAAACGAUGGUAAGGACAUUGUUGCCCGUGGACAACAUACCAAGUUUAUUAUGACAGAUAAACAAUAAAAUUAUUGAAUAAUAACUUAGUGAUCCAUUCAUGUAUUGUAUUAUAUGUACAUAAUAAAAGAAAUAGAAUAUGUUGUA